UUCAGUUUUUGACAAUCAAGACUAGGGCUUUAGGUUUAUAGGCCUUUGUAAAGUGUAGUAGCUCUGACCUGAGUAGCUCAACCAUGGCAGACAGCAACGAGAAUCAGCAAGACAAAGGCAAAGAUCAAGAGCAAGAGCAAUAUGGUGUCCUGCUUUACUACAAAUACACAGAAAUCCCUGAUCUCAACUCCCUCCUCUCCUUCUACAAUUCCAACUGCACUUCCCUCUCCCUCCUUGGCCGUGUCCGCCUCUCUCUCCAUGGAGUCAAUGUCACUGUUGGUGGCAAGUUGUCUUCAUUGGAGAAACAUAUUGAAGCUGUGAAAGCUAUUAGUUUAUUUGAAGGGACUGAUUUCAAGCUUGCUUCUUGUCAUUUUCCACUGAAUGACAAGGUUGCUCAUGAAUGUGGCUUCACUUCUCUUUCCAUUCGCAUUGUCAAGGAAUUGGUUACUUUUAGCCCUUAUCCUCUUGUUAAAGCACCGGAUGUUUCAAAUGCUGGUAGCCAUUUGUCCGCUGUGGAGUUCCAUUCUGUUCUUCAAAGUGCUGGGAAGCUUGUAGAUAAAGAAAGUCUAGUUGAUGAUAAAGGUCUUGUUUUAUUAGAUGCAAGGAAUCUGUAUGAGACGAGAAUUGGGAAGUUUGACAUGCCAAAUGUGGACACUUUGGAUCCUGGAAUCAGACAGUAUAGUGAUCUGCCAUCCUGGAUAGAUGAUAAUUCUGAACAAUUGCGAGGAAAGAAUGUCCUGAUGUAUUGUACUGGAGGAAUCAGGUGUGAGAUGGCAUCGGCCUAUAUUAGGUCAAAAGGUGCUGGAUUUGAGAAUGUAUUUCAGUUGUUUGGUGGAAUACAGCGUUAUUUAGAACAAUUUCCAGAUGGUGGUUUUUUCAAAGGAAAGAAUUUUGUUUUUGAUCACAGGAUUGCUGUUGGGAGCUCAGAUACAAAUAUCUUGGGAACCUGCCUUCCCUGUGGCUUAUCCUUUGAUGAUUACUCUUCACGAUGUAGAUGCUCAUAUUGUAGAAUGCUAUUAUUGGUCUGUGAUGGCUGCCGGAAGGAGGAAGCUGUUUAUGUUUGCGAGCUGUGCCAAAAACAUAGAAAGGUAAUUGAGUCAAAUGUUGCUGAAAAUGGUGAACAGCAAGAUAUAUUGCCUCAAGUUGAGCUCAAAACCAUUUCCUCAGAUACUAUCCUCUCGCCUCAUCUUCAUGGGGGACAGGGUGCUAGGCCUCCAAGAAAGCUAAGAAUCUUGUGCUUGCAUGGGUUUCGGCAGAAUGCAUCUGGUUUUAAAGGAAGAACUGCAUCAUUAGCCAAGAAACUUAAAAACAUUGCUGAGCUUGUCUUUGUUGAUGCACCUCAUGAGUUGCCUUUCAUAUUCCAGUCAUGUGUCUCGGAACUAGAGUGCAGUGAUGAAUCAUCAUUUUCGUCACAACAAAUUCUUCCCCCAACAGAAACUUGCAGGGGGAAGUUUGCGUGGUUGAUAGCACCUGAUUGCAAAGGAAGGAGUGCAACUGAUUGGAAAAAGGCAGAUAGUCCAUUUGAUCCCCUCCAGUACCUGCAGCAAACUGAAGGGUUUGAUGUAUCAUUAUCGUAUUUAAAGACAGUAUUCUCUCGGGAUGGGCCAUUUGAUGGGAUCCUGGGAUUUUCACAAGGAGCAGCGAUGGCUGCUUUACUUUGUGCACAAAAAGGGAGGCUAAAAGGUGACAUUGAUUUCAGAUUUGCAAUUUUGUGUUCUGGGUUCGCUCUUCCAUUUGUGGAGAUAGAGAGUGGAUCGAUUAACUGCCCCUCUCUCCAUAUAUUCGGAUGUGUUCCAGGCAAGGACAGGCAGAUUGCAAACAAAACAAGCAGAGAACUUGCUUCCUUAUUUGAAGAUGGUUGCUCAGUUAUUAUUGAGCAUGAUUGUGGUCACAUCAUUCCUACUCGGACUCCAUACAUUGAUGAAAUCAAAGGCUUCCUUCAACGCUUUCUGUAAUGCGAUUAAAAAUCCUUUGUUAACCAAUAUUGUUACUUUAAGAUGGCUUCUCAGCUAUGUUACCUGAUCCGUAUUUGCUUAUUACUCAUUACACCAUUUUUCUUCAA